UUUUUUUGGCCACUACUUGCAAAAAGAUGCACUGAGCCGAGAUAUCGACAAAGACUUGUACUGCUUUUUUUUGGUCGCUGGUUUGGCUGGUUGUACAGGCGUUGUGCAACCAAUCAUCGAAAAUUUGGUUUUUGGGUCCAUCAACAUUCAUCUCUUGACUCUCAUUUUUCUCAUCAGUCCCUCAUUUCCCUUCAAUCCCAUCUCAAUCCUUAGAAUCACCUAAAACGACAUGAGCAAAUCUUCAUUCUUGAGAGAGUACAAAAUAGUAGCCGUCGGUGGAGGAGGUGUCGGAAAGUCUGCCUUGACCAUUCAAUUCAUUCAGUCCCAUUUCGUUGAUGAAUAUGAUCCCACCAUUGAAGAUUCCUAUCGCAAGCAGUGCGUUAUAGACAAUGAAACCGCUCUUUUGGACGUGUUGGAUACAGCCGGUCAAGAAGAAUACAGUGCUAUGCGUGAGCAGUACAUGAGAAACGGCGAAGGUUUUCUCUUGGUCUAUAGCAUAACCAGUCGCCUCAGUUUUGAUGAAAUCAACACCUUCUACCAGCAAAUUCGACGAGUGAAGGACCGCGACUUCUUCCCUAUGGUCUUGGUGGCAAACAAAUGUGAUUUAGAGCAUGAUCGCCAGGUUUCUAGCCAAGAGGGUCGUGAUCUCGCAAAGAGUUUCGGCUGUGCGUUCAUCGAAACAUCUGCAAAACAAAGAAUCAAUGUCGAUGAAGCUUUCGCUAACGUUGUUCGCGAUAUCCGACGUUUCAACAAGGAAAUGGAUGGCGGCCGUGGAGCACCCGGUGCUAAUGGAAACGGAAAUGGCUACGGCGGUCAACAAUUCGAAGUAGAAGAACAUCGCAGCUCCGGUGGCUGCUGCUGCAUUCUCAUGUAAACCUCUCCUUAUUACUUCAGGCUCAUGUUUAUGCAAGUAACGUCUAGAUAGGAACGACUACGAUACCUUACAGAAUACACAGUGUCGUUCCUUCAUUCAAAAUUUGUUCUCUUAAAUGAUCGGCAGAGAACACUCUCUCUACCAGUAUUUAUUCAGCUAGUUGGCUCAAUCUAUUUCUUAAAUUUUAUAAAUACAGUUAAUACAUUACGAAACCUUCGCCUCCAGCUAUGCCAAUGAU